UGCGAGGCCACAAUAUAACAGUGUCUGGCGCCGGUUAUUGCCAGUCUCGCGCUGCCUCUCGCCCGUAACUGACGUAGAGCUUCAAUUGCACUCAUCGCUUUUCGUUAUGGCAGACUCGGAGUUCACGUACACGCCCGGCGCCUGGCGGGUGACGGAAGCGAUGAAGAAAGCCUUCAACGAGAACGGCUACAUCCUUGUCAGGAACAUGUUCAACCAAGAGGAGGUGGCCAAGGUGCGCACCGCCCUGGAGAACCCGAACGGUGUGCAGCGGUACGCCUUGAAGCGUGCUGACGGCUCUGACCGCGCGAACCGCCUUGUGCUAUGGAACCACCCUGGGCGCGACGUGACGGGGGUGAUGGCGCGGACGGAGAGGGUGGUGGGCACGGCAGAGCAGAUGCUGGGCGGGGACGAGGUCUACCACUACCACACCAAGCUCAUUAUGAAGGAUGCCAAGAUAGGGGGUACGUUCUGCUGGCAUCAGGACUACGGGUACUGGUACAAGAACGGCUGCCUGUACCCCGACAUGCUCUCGGUUUUCAUCCCGAUGGACGACACCGACAAAACCAACGGGUGCCUGCAAGUCCUGCGAGGCUCGCAUCGCAUGGGCCGCGUCAACCACAAACUCCUCGGCGAGCAGCAGCAGGCAGAACCCGAGCGAGUGGAGGAGGCUCACAAGAUUCUCCUGCAUGAGUACGUCGAGAUGAAAGCCGGCGACGCUCUCUUUUUCCAUUGUAACCUCCUGCACACCUCGGCCGCCAACACCUCGGACCGCCGCCGCUGGGUGUUUAUCGUGGCCUUCAACAAGCGCUCCAACGACCCCUACAAGGACCACCACCACCCCCGCUACACCCCGCUGGAGAAGGUUCCCGACGCCGCCCUGCUGGAGUGUAACGAUGUGGAGGACCUGGAGGGCAAGUGGUUUAUGAGCAACGAGGAGGACACUUCCACAUCUUAAUCCUUCGUCAUCCUAUUCCAGAUAAAACUGUUGCUCCUAUUUUGAUGUACUAAAAAUACCAACACAUUUAAUAGUACUUUUAACACUAAUUAUUAUUCCCACUAAUACUAAUGCUCUCCCUGCCGAAACUAAAUCCCUAAAUCUUUACUCUUCUUCAUCCUAUUGCAGCUAAACCUACUACUACUAUUUUGAUGUAACUAAUGCUUAAACUAUUUCUCCUACUCCUAAGAAAAAAAAACUUGGCGUAACAAACUCUAAAUCUUCAUUAACCUUCUUCCUCCUGUGCCUUUUAAUCUUAUCCUCCUCUAUUUUCCUUUUCUUCUCCUUCCCUCCUUUUCGUGCAUCUCCUCACAUUACUCCUCUUCCCGUUCUUCUUCCUAUUCUUCUCUGUUUUGUCGACCCCUCCUUCAUGCUCACGAAAAUCCUCUUCCUCUUAUUGCUUACUACCUCUUCUACUGCCUAUUAAUUAAAAGGACGAAACAGACAGACAGACAGACGCAGGCAGACACACACACAGACAUAUGGACAAACAAAGAGAGAGAGACAGAUGGGUAAACAAACAGACAACGAGGAACUAAUAACAUCUUCCCACUUCGCUUCUGUGUACUUCCCGUGAAUAACUUUUUAAUGAAAUGCUAAUGUUGUUGUU